CCACUGCUCGGAGCCAUGGCUCCCGCCUUGCUGCUGCUGCUGUGGCUCCAGGGCCCUGUCGCAGGUGCCCCUGUCGAGAGCGUGUACUCCAAAGUGCGGCACUUUGAAGGGGAGACUCUGUCUGUGCAGUGCUCCUACAAGAGCCGCAAAAACCACACAGAGGGUAAGGUUUGGUGCAAAAUCAGGAGGAAGAAGUGCGAGACUGUGUUCACCCGUGUUGGGGUGCAGGGGCCGCGCUAUUUGCUGCAGGACGAUACCCAGGCCAAGGUGGUCAGUAUCACCAUGGCGGCCCUGAGGCGCCAGGACUCGGGCCGGUACUGGUGCAUGCGCAACAGCUCUGGCGUCCUCUACCCUCUGAUGGGCUUCCUGCUGGAAGUGUCUCCAGCCUCCACAACCAAGAGAAACACUCCUCUUACGAAGCUGCCCACCAUCCUCCAGAGUGGAACUGUCGUCACAGCAGGCCCAGCCCUCACCUCAGGCCCUGAUGCCCCUUUCACCACCAGCACGACGGUGUUCACACCUGGACUUCUCACCUUGGCUAGACUCUUGCCCUUCCCUGCCUCAGGGAGCAUCAGACUGACCUCUGUGACGGGCUACGGCUUCACUGGCACCAGCCCCUCCACUACGGGGCCCAGUAGGACCAUGGGGUCCCAGACAGUGACUGCCUCUCCCAGCAAUGCCGGAGCCUCCGCUGCUGGCCCAGCCUCCACCCCUACUAAGGCUGGGCACCUGUGCACCAUGGGAUCGCCCACCACGGGAAUGUGCCCCACUGGCAGGUCUCUCCUCAACCUAUUAUCCCCCAGCAGGCACCAGGACUUCUAUCCUGCUGUGCUCGUGGCGGUGCUGGCCUUGCUCCCAGUGCCUGUGAUGCUGAUCGUGGUCUAUGGGUUCUGGAAGAAGAGACACAUGGGAAGCUACAGCAUGUGCCGUGAUCCUGCCAGAUCCUGGAGGGACCCGUCCACAAGACCAGAGCCUCCGUGGAAGCCUGCUUGGUCUGAAGCCACUUAACUGUAUGGUG